AUGGCGGUGACAAAGAUCUACGUUGUGUACUACUCCACGUACGGCCACGUGGCGAGGCUGGCGGAGGAGAUCAAGAAGGGCGCCGAUUCCGUCGACGGCGUCGAGGCAACGAUAUGGCAGGUGGCGGAGACGCUGCCGGAGGAGGCGCUGGCGAAGAUGCACGCGCCGGCCAAGAGCGAGGAGCACCCGGUGAUGAUCUCGGGCAAGCAGCUGGCCGACGCCGACGGCAUCCUGUUCGGCUUCCCGGCGCGGUUCGGCAUGAUGGCGGCGCAGAUGAAGGCGCUCUUCGACUCCACGGGCGGCCUCUGGCAGAAGCAGGCGCUGGCGGGCAAGCCCGCGGGGUUCUUCUUCUCGCUGGGCACCCAGGGCGGCGGGCAGGAGGAAACGGCGCUAACGGCCGUGUCGCAGCUCACGCACCACGGCAUGGUGUUCGUGCCCGUCGGGUACACGUUCGGCGAGGGGAUGUUCGACAUGGACGAGGUCAGGUGCUGCAGCCCGUACGGGUCCGGCACGUUCGCCGGCGCCGACGGGAAGAGCAGGCUGCCCAGCGACGCCGAGCUCCAGAUGGCCGUGCACCAGGGCAGCUACUUCGCCGCCUUCGCCAAGAAGCUCAAGGCCGGAGCGGGCGUCGUCGCCUGA